UGUUAAAGAAUUAAAUCGUUUUUUCGUAUUCUGUUACGAAUCGAGAGAGAGAGAGAGAGAGAGUAUAAGAUCGAUUUGAGAUGGAUAGGAGGAAGAAGAAAGUGUGGUUUUGGCCGGAGAAACACGACGGCGGCGGCGGUGGAGUUUCGAUCAAGGAGGCGGAGGACGUUGCGGCGGAGCAUGUUUCGACGGAAGAGACGAUGAGUCAUUACAGCUUUAGCAAGGGGCUUCUUCCGCCGUUAGGUGUUAAUUCUGGCUCUUCCCGUCAUGUUAAGCUCCGUUUCUUCAUCGUCUCUCCCUUCGAUCCUCGUUACAGGGCGUGGGAUUGGUUUCUAGUGCUAUUGGUGGUCUACACAGCUUGGGCGUCUCCUUUUGAGUUUGGUUACCUGCAAACACCAAGAGCACCUCUCAGUAUUAUAGAUAACGUCGUCAAUGGAUUUUUCGCGAUUGAUAUCGUUUUGACGUUCUUUGUUGCCUUCUUGGACAAGGCAACUUAUCUUCUUGUCGAUGAUCCCAAGAGAAUAGCUUGGAGAUAUGUCUCGACUUGGCUCAUUUUUGAUGUCGUUUCCACAGUUCCUUAUGAACUUUUUGGCAGCUUAUUGCAUAAUACUAUUCAAGGAUAUGGCAUUUUCAGUAUGUUGCGUCUAUGGCGUCUUCGCAGGGCUAGUAAUUGUUUUGCCAGAUUGGAGAAAGAUCGGAAAUACAACUACUUUUGGGUUCGAUGCACAAAGCUUCUCCUCGUUGCUCUCUUUGUGGUUCAUUGUGGCGCCUGCUUCUGCUACUCUAUUGCUGCGCAUUACCCAGACCCUUCCAUGACUUUUAUGGCACUUGCGGAGCCAAACUGGACACAGAAAUCUUUGCUUAUCCGGUAUGUCACAGCAAUGUAUUGGUCCAUAACCACCUUCUCAACCACGGGUUAUGGUGAUAUACAUGGUAAUAAUGCAAGUGAGAGGGCCUUCAUUCUCUUCUACAUGAUCUUCAAUCUUGGACUGUUAGCUUAUAUUAUUGGUAAUAUGACCAACUUGGUGGUUCAUGUGACCAGUCGCACCAGAAACUUUAGAGAUACCAUCCAAGCUGCCUCAGCGUUUGCUCAGAGGAACAAACUUCCAGAGCGCUUGCAAGAACAGAUGGUAGCUCAUUUGUCUUUGAGGUACAGAACUGAUUCAGAAGGUUUGCAGCAGCAAGAAAUUAUCGACUCUCUACCCAAAGCUAUUCGUUCCAGCAUAUCGCAUUAUCUGUUCUAUGAAGUUGUUGACAAGAUUUACUUGUUCCAUGGAAUAUCCAAUGAUCUUCUGUUUCAAUUGGUCUCUGAGAUGAAGGCUGAGUAUUUUCCUCCCAAAGAAGAUGUGAUUUUGAGGAAUGAAGCACCGACAGACUUUUACAUUAUGGUGACAGGAGCUGCUGAAAUCAUUGCACCUGUGAAUGGAGUGGAUCAGGUAGUUGGUGAAGCACAGCCUGGUCAUGUUUUUGGUGAAGUUGGGGUGCUAUGUUACAGGCCACAGCUGUUCACAGUUCGUACCAAGCGAUUGAGUCAGCUACUUCGUCUGAACCGUACAGCGUUCUUAAAUCUUGUUCAGGCAAAUGUUGGUGAUGGGGCAAUAAUCAUGAAUAAUCUACUUCAGCAUCUGAAAGACUCAGAAGAUCCAGUGAUGAAAGGCAUUUUGGCUGAUACAGAACAGAUGUUGGCUCAAGGGAAAAUGGAUUUACCUCUCAGCUUAUGUUUUGCAGCGGCUAGAGGAGACGAUUUACUGCUCCAUCAGUUACUCAAACGAGGCUCAAACCCUAAUGAAACCGAUAAGAACGGUCGAACCGCACUGCAUAUAGCAGCAUCGAAAGGAUGCCACUACUGUGUUGUUUUACUUCUCGAGCAUGGAGCAGAUACUAACAUCAAAGAUUCGGAAGGAAGUGUACCAUUGUGGGAAGCAAUCAUUGGGCGACAUGAAGAAAUUUCUAAACUCUUAUGGGACAACGGCGCAAAGCUAAGUCCAGACACAAUAUCCCAUUUCUCUUGCCUAGCCGUUGAACAAAACAGCUUAGAUGCACUCAAAGACAUUGUAAAGUACGGCGGAGAUAUCUCACUCCCAGACAGCAACGGAACCACAGCUCUCCAUAGAGCAGUCUCAGAAGGGAACAUGGAGAUUGUGGAGUUCUUGUUAGAGCAAGGAGCUGAUAUGGACGCGCCAGAUGUUUACGGUUGGACGGCUCGUGGUCUUGCUGAGCAUCAAGGGCAUGAAGACAUUAAAGCUUUGUUUCACAGUCAGAGACCUGUGGAGAAGAUACCUAAAUCAGCUUCCGGUACACCAGAGAAUACUACACCACUGAUGAAGCAUAGUAGUGAGCCUGUAAUGAUUCACCACCGUUCAAGGGAAUCGAUGCCUUUUCUUCGAACUGGCUCUCAGAGAAGGAAGAUCAGUAACUUCAAGAACUCGCUGUUUGGCAUCAUGUCGGCUGCAAACACUGGUGAUGAAGGAGGAGGAGCAUCUGCAAGAAGCGAAGACUUUGGCGGGGUUUAUCCGGCGAGAGUGACGAUCAGUGGUGAGGCUUCCUCUGCUGGUAAAGUGGUGAAGCUACCAAAUUCACUGGAGGAGUUAAUUGAAAUAGGUGAGAAGAAACUGGGGUUUGUUGCCACAAAGAUUCUGACGAGAGAAGGAGCUCAAAUCGAUGACAUCAGGCUUAUAAGAGACGGCGAUUUUCUCCUUCUUCUCAAGGUUUCUUGUUGAACAAGCAAGCACUCUUAAGUUGUCUUCCAUACUAAUCAAUGGAGUUACUAUAAUCCGUUUUAUUAUUCAUUACAAUCGCUUUCGUUUUUAUACUCCAAGAUCAUUGAAAUGCAACUUAAACGAAUAUAAACAUGUACUUUAAAGAAUUAUAACACACACGAAUUAAAAGAUUAAUGAUUAAAUUUUUU